CCCUUCUCCCGCCCCUAUCAGCUAUAUCGAACACUCGCUGUAUAACUCGACAACGGUAGAUACAUAAACAUCAUGGCUUCCAGCGCUCAGAUCUCCAAAAAGAGGAAAUUCAUCGCCGAUGGUGUCUUUCAAGCUGAGCUUGGAGAGUUUUUCACUCACGAACUCGCCGAUGAAGGUUAUUCCGGAUGUGAAGUGCGCGUUACACACGCUAGGACCGAAAUCAUCAUUCGCGCCACUCACACUCAAGAGGUUCUCGGUGCCAACGGUCGUAGAAUCCGUGAACUCAGGAGUUUGGUCAUGAAAAGAUUCAAGUUCCCCGAGAACAGUCUCGAGUUAUACGCCGAGAGGGUCCAGUACAGAGGUUUGAGCGCCGUGGCUCAGGCGGAGAGUUUGAGGUACAAGUUACUCGGUGGACUCGCUAUGCGUCGUGCAUGCUACGGUGUCCUCCGUUUCGUCAUGGAGUCCGGUGCCAAAGGUUGCGAAGUCGUCGUAUCUGGAAAACUUCGUGCCGCUCGUGCUAAAAGCAUGAAAUUCGUCGAUGGACUCAUGAUUCACUCCGGUCAGCCCGCAAAGGACUAUGUAGACUACGCCGUUCGUCACGUCCUUCUCCGUCAGGGUGUCCUGGGUAUCAAGGUCAAAAUCAUGAGGCCUUUCGACCCCGAGGGCCGUAUGGGACCCGCAAAGAACCUUCCCGAUGCUGUUACCAUGGUCGAUCCCAAGCCAGAAGGCAUCAUCGAGAUCAGAUCGGAGCACAAGGAGCCCCAAGGUAUCCCUCCUCCUCAACCGCAACCCGAGAUUCCCGCUGGCGCAGAGGCGUACUAGGUUCAGGGCACUGUACGAUAGCGUUACUGAGCAUGAAUUGAGGUUUCUCCCA